CCGCGGCGGGCGCGCGGGGGAAACGGUGGCGGAGCAGAGCCAGCCAGUAGAGUUGCCACCGCCACCACCGCCGCCGCGCUGCCCUGCGAAUCAAACUCCCAUGCAAAGGAGGAGAUCCUCUCGACCCACUCACCUCCUGGGCGCUCGCUCUCCCCGCGAAGAUAUGGAAGAUCAAGAUAAGGAGCUUACUGGUGGAUUCUGACUCCUGGGCAAGUCCGCUUUCCUUACUCGGCGCAGUCCUGGUUUCCAAGUCCUUCAGACUCUCAGUUUGCCAAAAAGAAAAACAAAUAUCAGAAAAAGUGUGCAGGAGGAAAGGAAAAUGAAACUUUCGGGAACAAGAUUACAGAUGAGUGCUUCAGGAGAACCGAUGGUGCCACGAUGCAGAAGAGAUGUGUGGCCUUCAUUCCUCAAGUCCGUUUAGAAAGAUGCGAGUGAUUGUAUCUGCAGAAGAGGAGAAGAUCACCGAACCCAACUCUCCAAAGGCUUAAACAGGCAUUCAAUCAACAGAUGCAGAAAUGAAUAACUCCACAAACAUAAGUUAUUUGGAGGACAGAAUGACCCUACCAAGUCCUUAUAAAACAGUGGAGGUUGUCUUCAUUGUCCUGGUGGCUGGGUCCCUCAGCCUGGUAACCAUCAUUGGGAACAUCCUGGUCAUGGUGUCCAUAAAAGUCAACAGGCACCUACAAACUGUCAACAAUUACUUCCUUUUCAGCUUGGCCUGCGCUGAUUUGAUCAUCGGUGUCUUCUCCAUGAACCUGUACACACUUUACACUGUGACAGGCUCUUGGCCAUUGGGACCUGUGGUUUGUGACUUGUGGCUGGCCCUUGACUAUGUGGUCAGCAAUGCUUCUGUCAUGAAUCUUCUCAUAAUCAGUUUUGACAGGUACUUUUGUGUGACCAAACCCCUGACCUACCCAGUCAGGCGGACCACUAAGACGGCAGGGAUGAUGAUCGCAGCUGCCUGGGUUCUUUCUUUUAUCUUAUGGGCACCUGCCAUUCUCUUUUGGCAGUUUAUUGUAGGAGAAAGGACGGUACCCGAUAAGGAAUGCUACAUCCAGUUCCUAUCCAAUGCAGCGGUCACCUUUGGCACAGCUAUCGCAGCUUUCUACCUGCCUGUUGUGAUCAUGUCCAUUCUGUACUGGCAAAUAUCCCGGGCCAGUAGGAGCAGGGUUAAAAAAGACAAGAAAGGUGGAGCCCAAAAUCAGGAGCCAGCAUCCCCAAGUUUAGUUCAAGGGAAAAUAGGGAAACCAAAUAAUAACAACCUCCCAACCAAUGAAGACGGGACCGAACACAAUAAAAUCCUGAACGGUAAAGCCGCUGGGGAGCCAGUCAUGGAGAACUGUGUUCCAGCAGAAGAAAAGGAGAGCUCAAACGACUCCACCUCUGUCAGUGCAGGUGCUUCCAACAUGAAAGAGGAUGAAGCAAUCACGGAGAAUCCUCGAGCUUCUGUCUCCCAAGUGAACGCGAAAGUGGAGAAUUCGAAACUGACCUGCAUUCGGAUCCUCACCAAGUCGCCCAAAGGAGAUUACGGUGGCCCUACUAAUACCGCUGUGGAGAUUGUUGCCACGGAUGGACAAAAUGGGGAGGAGAAGCAGAACAUUGUAGCACGUAAGAUUGUCAAGAUGACAAAACAGCCUCCCAAAAAGAAGGCCCCUCCUUCCAGGGAGAAAAAAGUGACCAGGACUAUUUUGGCUAUUCUGCUGGCCUUCAUCAUUACUUGGACACCAUACAACGUCAUGGUACUCAUCAACAGCUUCUGUUCGUCUUGUAUUCCCAACACCGUAUGGACAAUUGGUUACUGGUUAUGCUAUAUCAAUAGCACCAUCAACCCUGCUUGCUAUGCUCUUUGCAAUGCUACUUUCAAGAAAACCUUUAAGCAUCUCCUUAUGUGUAACUACAAGAACAUAGGAGCCACGAGGUAA